AUGGCUUCAUCAUUUAGUGAUGAUAAUGAUUCUAUGAAAAAAAACCUAAACGAUGAUUAUAAUACAUUAGGAAAUAUGAUCGUAUUGAUGCAACAUGGUUGGCCUUAUUGGCGUGAUCGCCUUUUCAGGCCAGUUGUUUUACAAAAAAUUAAAGAACUUAAUGGAUUAAAAUAUCCGGAUUUAUUAGGUUUUGUUAGCAACAUUGAUAUAUUAAAAGAACUACAUGAUUUAUACAAAGAGAAUCCAAAUAUCUAUUAUUGUCUAAUAUCAUCGUCACCGUCUUCUUCAUCGAAUAAUAAUGAAAACAAUGAAGCAAUCAGAUCAAUUAAAGCAUUAGAAGAAAAGAUUAAGAAUGAUUCAAUAUAUUCUUAUUACAAUAUUAUUGAUGAUAAUAAUAAUAAUUCACUAAUGGAAUUUUGUAAAGCAAAAUUAGUUGAAGCAAAAAAAAAGUCGGAAAAAUCUUCCUCUCCUUGUGUUGUUAAAAUUGAAAGAAGAAAUGAAAGAAGUGAAGUUAGUGGUUUUAAUUCUUUCCAAGCUAAUAAUGAAUUCAUGUCAGAAAUAUCGGUUUUUUAUGCUUUUGGUAGUGUUUGA